AUGUUCCCUGAUUUGAAAAACAGCAGAACAAGGCCAUCAGCAGUAAAAGCAGGGAACGGCUUUACGGAAAAUGAUUAUAACAACAAUCAUCGAAACAAAGCUGGAGUGGAAGACAUCGUAGAAGAAAAAACAGAUGUUAGCCAAAAGAACUCUCAGAAAAGCUCAGUAACACGGAAAGUAGACGACGAAGAUGGAAAGAAAGACGCUGAUAACGAAGAACAGUUACAACAGAGAAAAAAUGAAGGAAAGAAAAGUGUUGAAAUUGCUGAAACGCAGAAAGAAACGCAGGAGGAGGAAGAAACUCCUGAAGUCGGAAAAAGGAACGAAAAAAAGGAUGAUGACAGUCCUGAAAUCCAGUUAAAAUCUAAAGUAAUUGAGGAAAAAAAAGGUAGUGAGAUUCAUGAAACCUCUCCAUCAGUUCCAAGAAGUGUAGUACCUAAGACCACGAAAUUAUCUGAAAGAAUUAUCAAGAAAAUUCGGACAGAACCUGUUAAAGGAGAGCUUACCAGAACACUAUUUUUCGCUAUUAUGUGUACUACAAUAGGAGGUUUUCAAUUUGGAUACAACAUUGGAUGCAUGAAUUCUUCCGCAAAAAUUAUCGAAACGUGGAUGACGGAGUCACACUCACGCUUAUUCGGAAGCAAGCUUGCCACUCUUGAGGCGAAUUUCAUGUGGAGCGCAACGGUUUCCAUUUUUCCAUUUGGUGCAACAAUUGGUGGAUUAUCCGCUGGAGCUCUUGCGGAUAUUAGCGGUAGAAGAGGUGGACUGCUUUAUACAAAUAUCCUCAUAUUUGUAUCUGCAGCAUUAGUUGGUUUUGGGAAAAUCACCGGCGUGUAUCCAAUGAUAUUUGUUGGACGUCUUCUUGUUGGCAUAUAUGUUGGUCUUACGGUGAUUGUGCCCAUGUAUCUCUCAGAAGUUGCGCCUCCAAAUAUUCGUGGAAGGAUAGCGUUAACAUAUCAGCUCCUCAUUACAAUCGGGAUUCUAUCUGGGCAAAUAGCCGGUCAUCCACAACUGCUCGGUACAUCCCAGCUCUGGCCGUUCAUUUUCGCCAUUCCAGUAGUGCCCGCUUUUCUGCAAGUCAUGUUUCUACCUAUGAUUCCUGAAUCACCUUACUACAGCCUUUGCGUACGAGGAGACGUCGCUGGAACAAUGCAGAAUUUGGAAGAACUUCGAGGAAAACAAGACAUAUUUGAUGAAUAUGAAAUGAUACAAGAAGAAGCAUUGGAGUCGAGACGAACCUUGACUGACUAUAUUACACUAAUAGAUUUAUUCCGUGGUUCACUGAGAUUUCGAACGAUAAUUACAAUGGUGAUGAUGCUUUCACAGCAGCUCGGCGGUAUUAAUGCUGCCAUAUUUUAUUCCACUCGCAUUUUCAAUGAUGCCGGAUUGGACGAAAAAGGUGCACUCAACGCUACGUUAAUGAUGGGUGUGGGAAAUGUAUUAUCAACAAUCUUUGUUUUCUGGCUAAUUGAUAGUCCUUUUUCGGGACGUCGUCCACUAAUGAUAUACGGCAUGGUGGGGAUGAUCAUAUCAACAACACUACUGGUUAUCUCACUUACGUUGAGCAAAACAAAAGACACCUCAGCAACAUACUUUUCUAUCAUUUUCCUCGUUAUGUUCGUCGUUUCAUUCGCUGUUGGACCAGGAUCCGUUGCAUGGAUCUAUACAUCCGAGAUUUUUUUCACGAAUGCUCGAGCAAAUGCCAAUGCCGUAUUGACGGUAACUAACUGGGGCACAAAUUCUAUAGUCAGCUUCGCCUUUCUUCCAAUUGUGCACUAUAUUGGACAAUAUUCAUUCCUCAUAUUCACUUUUUUCACGAUCAUUUUCGUAAUUUUCUUGUGCAAGUAUAUGCCAGAAACCCGUGGGAAAACUGUUGCACAAACAGUGGCCUAUUUCGAGGGAUUAAAGGUAGACUAA